UCACGACUGGGUGUGUCUGACACACGCCAUGCUCGCGGUGCUGCUGUUCGCGGCUGCGGCGGACGACGCCGAGGAGCCGCGUGCGUCUCUCCUCUUCUACAAGAAGCUGAGCCAGACGCACGGCCACGCCGUGAAUAAGCCGUUCAACGUCACACUCACCGUUUACAACAAGGGGGUGGGCAACGCUUACAGCCUGAUCGUCGCCGACGACAACUGGAAGGCGGACAAGUUUCGCAUCAUUGGCGGCGGCAACAACUUCACGCUCGACUUUCUGAAUGCGGGCGACACUUACGAGCACGAGUUUGUAGUCAAGCCGAUCCGCAAGGCGUGGCACAGGGUGCGGCCCGCGAAGAUGUUUUACGUCGACGGCGAUGCGGGCGAGUCGACCGUCUCCCACCUCUCCAACUCUCUGCCCGACAUGAGGGUGAUCGAGAAGCAAGACUCGCUGGAGGAGGCGGCGAUCAUGGCGGGGAGGGUGCUGACGCUCAACAUGAUCAAGACGAAGCAGGGCUGGAUGGCCUUCGCCGCGCUGGCGCUGCUCGCCAUCUGCGCCCAGCUCUACUUUAUCGGCUCCGCGGUGCUGCACAAGCGACGCCAUCUGCGCGCACUGGAGGACGUCAAGAAGCUGUAGACCUCCGCACGGGAGGCGGCGGGCCGGGUCCGCGCCGCGCGCAGGCCGCGCCGCGUCUUGCGCCCCCGUUUCCGCGGGCCGCCGCGCGGUCCGUCCACGGAGCGCAGAGCCUUGCCGCCGGACGCGGACCUAGGGACGCCGUCGCCCGCCCGAGGAAUUGAUGCGAGAGCGGAGGAAGGAUGUAGAGCGCUCCAUGCGUACGGGAUGCGAGGCUGGGCUGGCAGAGUGGCAGAGCGCAGCAUUGUGAUUUUAAACGAGAAUAUCGCGAGAAGCACUGACGCCGCUCUAUGCGGUCUGAGCGCUCGGUGUUGGUAAGUGACUCACACAAC